UAGUAAAACGAAAGUUAAUGGACUGAAAUGAAAGGGUGGACUGUGGGAGAAAGAUAAAGCAGGUUUCGUAAUAUAUCUCCAAAAGUAGUCCAAAGUCCUGUUAACAGCGUUUUAAAUGUAAAGACCGCCUGUUUCUUUACAGUCGCUGUCAGUGUUUCUACUGAGAACUGACUUCAGUCAUGAUGGACACUUUGGCCUUCCUGGAAGAGGACUUGACCUGUCUCAUCUGCUGUGAUAUCUUCACCGAGCCCGUCACUCUGAAAUGUGGCCACAGUUUGUGUGAGGAAUGUCUCAGGAUUUUCUGGACGACUCAAGACGCGCCGCAGUGUCCGGUCUGUCGCAAGACAUGCUCUCAAGACGAGCCGACCAAGAGCCUGGUUUUAAGAGGUCUCUGUGAGUCCUUCAAGAAGAGAAAACUCACAGCUGUUUUAUCCGGAGAUGUUUGUCCAGAACAUAAAGAGGCUCUCAAACUCUUCUGCCUCGACGACCAGCAGCCCAUCUGCGUGGUCUGCUACACAUCAAAGAAGCAUGAAAAUCACAAGUGUUCUCCUGUGGACGAGGCUGCUGGGAAUUUAAAGGAGGAUCUGAAGAUGCAGAUGGACAGGUAUCAGGCAACGCUCGCUGAUCUCAAGAAAGCCCAUGAGAGCUGUGUGAAACAGACUGGGCUCAAUAAGGAACAUGCCAGCAUGACAGAAAACCAAAUUAAGAAGGAAUUUGAGAAGCUCCAUCGGUUUCUUAGAGAUGAGGAAGAGAAACACAUCAGAUCCUUUCGUGGAGAAAUGGAACCGCAAGAUGAGAAACUCAAGUCUGUAAUGAAGGAGCUGUCCAAACAGAUUUCAGAUCUGUCUGAGAAUAUGGCAGCCAUCUGGCAAGAUAUAGAAGCUGAAAAUAUCACAUUUCUCCAGAAUUACAGCAAUACAUUAAAAAGGUUCCAGCACCCAUCAGUGCCAAACACAACCCCUCUACUACAAGAAUAUGAGCGCUAUCCCACUCAGACAGUGAUCUUUACCACCUGGGCCAGAAUGCAGAACCUUGUUGAACAACUAAUCUGUGUUUCAUCUCCUGUGACUCUGGAUCCAGACACAGCAUCCAAUAAACUCCUGGUGUCAGAGGAUUGCACCAGUGUUCAGUACGUGGAAAUGAAACUGGACGUGUCUGAUAACCCAGAAAGGCUGUAUGGGGGAGUGCUGGCCUCACAGGGCUUCAGCUCAGGUCUGCACUGCUGGGACGUAGAAGUGGGUGAUAACAACAACUGGACGCUGGGAGUGAUGGGAGAAAAAGUGAACCGCAAAAAACUUUGCAAAAUGGAUCCAAAAAAUAGUUUCUGGUGUUUUCGUAAUGUAGAUGGUAUAUACAAGAAAGGAACAAAAAAGGUCAGCGAUAUUGAUGGCAAUGAGAGGCCGAAUAUCAUCCGACUGCAGCUGGACUUUAGCGAAGGAGAACUGAGAUUCAUCGACCCUUUCAGGAACAAAAUUUUGUGCAACUACACAGGAGGAUUUACAGAAAAGGUGUUCCCUUAUUUCUGUACCAAAGAUAAGGACAAACCACUGAGUCUUUUCCCAGAAAACAAACUAAACCAAAACUAACAGGACAUUUAUUUUUUACGCAUGAUGAAUGUUGAACACUACUGACCGGCUUAAUGUUAACAUUUGUCCUUUUUUUAUUUUAAACAAAAAGCUAUAAAUUGAGUAUUGCUUAAGUGUCCAAAUUCUUUUUUGAGGCCACUGUAUGUGAUUAUUUAAUGAUGCAGUGUUUCAGUAAAAAUGAUAAGGCAGAUCUAUGUAGAACACAAUAGAGUUUGGUGUACAAAUGUGAUAUUACUGAAUUUCAAGUGAAACGCAUUGUUGUGGCACGGGCACAACGUACCUCACUUUUUCUUGCAGUUCUAAGUUUAUAUUCUGAGGAAAAAAAGCACAUAUUGUGGGAUAAAAACUCAAAAUUGUGAGAUAAAAAGCCAUGGCUGAAAUAAUGACUCAUAAUUCUGAGAAAAACAGUCAUGAUUGGGAUAAUACAGGCAAAACUAAUAAAAAAAAAGAAAAGAAAA